UAUUCUUAAGCUAGACCGGAGAACCGCUGGCAGCUCGUUCCCCACCGUCGGACGGAGCAGCCAUCGCCGGCGCCUCGUCGCGCCGCCGGCUCUGUCCCCCGGCGGCGUCGGACGAACUGCGGCGCUGCACGUCAACCACGGCUCCAGCACUUGUUUCGUCCGCACGCAUUGUACCCACCGCAGGAAAGUCCGCCGCAAGCAGAUCCGCCGCCCACGACGACCGGGAUUUGUUCCGCGCACCAAUUGGUAUAGCUUGGUACGAAAUAGUCCUCAAUGUCUGGUCGUAGCGGGUACACCGGCGAGGGUGGGGAUUCGAUCAUGUCGUGGCCACGUUCUACUUCUCCUACCUCGUCGGAAGUGCAGUUAGCCAGGCAAGCCGAUGAUCCAUGGUACAUUGCAUACCAAGAUGAAUCAACCCAGUGGUGUAGCCAGAGGAUGGAUUUGGAGGAGAAGGUGGCCAAUUUAGGUGAUGAAUUGGCCCGUAAAAACCUGAUGAUAUUCGAGCUGAAGCGUAUUGUGGAGGAAGAAAAGAAGAAUUCAGAGCUUAUUCGCAAGGAGAAGUUGAGAGUUGAGACAGAUCUUGCCAUAUUUGAUCAAGUGGUAGAAAAUCUAGAACAUGAACUUAAAGUGAUGGGAGAGGAGAAAAGUAGAUUCAUCUGUGCAGUUUUAUUAGGUGUCAUCCCUGUCCUAGCAGUUAUGUGGUUCUGGUAGACGAUUUAGUAUAGAAUUGUUAUUCAGUAGAUGGCUCUAACCACUGUAUUUUGUUGUGGCUCUAAGCACUGUAUUUUGGUGUACAAUUUCCUACUUGUGCUAAGUAAUGCGCACGAUAAUUUUAGAAUGCA